UUCGUUGUGAACGGUCGUGCUCCGGUCGGAAAAAUUUACAAAGAAUCGUAAAAAUUUUAAAAAUCAACAAGAAAAUUCUUACAAAUAAACCACUGUGCCGAAGUUUAUAUACGUUUAAAUCGUAUUUUAAACUAAAAUAAAAGUGCUUAUCAAAAGAAUCCCCAUAAUUAAUAGGAGAGAUAUCAUUAAGUUUCCGUCGCCAUCGAACCAGUCUUUGCAAAUACAAUUUCUCAAACUUACUGCAAAGCAUAGGUUAAAACCAACUUUGGAUUACGCGAUCCCUUCUCGAAGGUCUUGGAUUCCCGCCAGUGCGACUAUGGCGAAUACCCAUCCAGAAAAACUUUACAUGCAACUAAGCGCAUCGGAAUUAGCAGCAAUUAUUAUGAAAGAUUCACCCAAUUCCAACGACCGUGAUGCGGGUUUUUGUUCCGCCAGUUCGGAAAGCGAAGGCGGAGACGACCUGGCCGUCGAGCACGCGCGCAGUGGCAGUCCCAACAUCGCACCAAAAGGAACAGACGACUCGACGGACUCCAAGCCAAUAGCACUGAUCCGCAACAAACGCAAGAGCACGGAACCCUCGAAGGUUGUGGGUCUGACGACUCCGACGUCUGCCUCCAUGUCUGGUCCUCCGGCCAAUGCGAGUUUUAAUGCGACAGGUCCGCUGAAGAAACGCAUACGCUACACCUCCUCUGCCGAUUCGGCGGUAGUGCUGACACCUCCAGCCAUAGAGUCUCCACCACCCAUCACCCGUUUGCCUUCCACGUUGAGCGCGGAGCACGAAAUUAUGCCGAAUCCGGCUCACAUCUUUGUCCGCCACCCGGGAGUGACUACCCUUCACCGACCGUUUGCUCCUGCCCAUCCAGAACAGCUAGAGCCGCUCGCACUUGUGACCAAGAAGAAGGAGUGCGUCGACAGCGCGUCGCCUAAAACGGAGACUUACUCCACUCUACUGAAUGGAAAGCAGCCAUCUACCAAAAAGACAUUGCAGAAAAAGGCGCCAAAGGUAUCAACGUCAUCUACUCUGCUGGACGCGAGUCUCAGCGAUGAGGAUCUGUGCAAGCCGGGAAAUCUGGCAUCUGACAUGUCGCGACCUCAACAGCACCAGCACCAGCGCAAUUACAAGAAUAUGACAAGGGAACGCCGCAUCGAGGCAAACGCCCGUGAGAGGACUCGAGUCCACACCAUAUCCGCCGCCUACGAGACGCUCCGACAAGCGGUUCCAGCCUAUGCCAGCACUCAAAAACUCUCCAAGCUCUCCGUGCUGCGGGUGGCCUGUUCCUAUAUACUGACGUUGAGCAGAAUGGCUGGCGAGGACUACAGCGCCGAUCAAUCGGAGCCCUCCAUUGCCGAGUGCUUGGAAGCUGUAACAUCUACCAUUCAAACCGAGGGAAAGGUGAAGCGGAAGAAGGACGAGUGAUCUGUCUAGUUUGGUCGAGAAAGACAUUUUUUAAGACUUCUAAUGUGACUGAUUACUGUUACUGUUACAAAUAAUCAAGUGUGCUUGAGCUUAGGCUAAUCCUGCAUACAGCAUUCCUACCCACACGCUCUGAGUCUUAAGCAUAGUUGAGGUCACAAGUGGCCAAAUAGCUUUAAAAGUUUCCAAGGCUUUGUUUAGUUAUACAAAUCAGAUAAGUUUUAAGUAGAGGGGAAAUCGAUAAUGCGCGAAAUAAACUUUUUGAGUAUGCAUGCAUACAUAUUGUACUAUAUAAUGAUAUUUUUAGAAUUAAGUACCAGCGAUGUGAUCCUAAUUUAAAAUCGCUUUUUACUGAAACAUGUUAGCCAGUACAAAUAGUCAACACCAACACACUGAAAAGACAAUAAUCGUUAUCUUUAACCUUAAAUGACAAUAAGUAAACUUUUUAUGUAUACCUGAAAAUGUUUCAUAAAGAUUUUUGUUUCAAACAGGAUUCUUGUUUUAAUAUUCAAGCACUUACAUAAGCAAAUAUACAUUGUAAGAGAAACUUUGCCAAAAUGGAUUCAUUUCACUAUACUUUUUAAAUAGUUUAGGAUUGAUUAUGAAUAAAUACAUAUAUUUUUAGAAGCACCUCUAACAAAACACUAUGAAGUUUUUUACAAGCAAUAAACUAAAAAUGUUUAUUUUUUUUAAGAGAGUGAAUAUGAAUGAGGACAAAUUUGUAGUAAAACAUAUGUUUUUAUUUUCUUAUGCUGUUAAAGGGGUUCCAUCUACAAAAUUAAUUAAAAACCUGAAUAAUUUCAGUCUGUGUAAAUAACUAUAGUCUUUUACUCUCAAAUUGUAAUCUCAUCGUUUUAUAUAAAUAGAUAUAUGUAUAAAUACGCGUAAGUGCCAUAAAAGCAGAAAAUAUACAAAUCUGACUGUCCAGAAAA